AUGCUCGCUAUAGAGCUCACUGCACAUUCAAAGUCCGCUUGCUUAGAGCUUGCUACGGAAUUCUAUGCGAUCAUGCCGCGCGAAGACAAACGCAGUAAGGAUAAGAUGGAACCAGGGCCCGACCACCUCCGCCGAUCGAUUCCGCAUUGGCAAUCGAAAGAAUAUGUGGGGCACGAAUUCGCUCGCGAGUAUACCGAGUUCUUCUACGAGCACACACAAUUGCAGUUCAAGGCGCAUUGGUGCUGCAUGGAGGCUCUUGACGACCUACUCCUCCGCGAUCCAUUUGGCUACGGAAUCACCCCAGUUGACCUCAUUCGCGCCAUCUACAUCACUUUCCGGGGACCUCGUCGUAAGGUGACGGAGAACGUCUUCGAAAGCUUCAGAGACCAGUCCAAGGUGUUGCUCAAGCUGAAACAAAGUACACAAGUCACUUUCAGGAUCCAGCUCGAAACCAUCUUCUGGCCCCCCAUGCUAUACAACUUCAAGAAGCACGGUCGAAGCUUCGACGUUUUCAUCGUCUUCGAUAGCCAUGUGUCAACAAAACUAGCGCGAAAUAUCAAGUUUCUGUGGGACAUGACACAAGGAAAUCUAAUCGCAAAGAUUAAAAGCUGGAGCACUUCGUAUGGUAAGCUGCAGAUCACCAUUCAUCCACGACAAGUGUUACACGCGACUAAUCAGUUGUCCAAUCUAGCCAACUUGCCAGAGGACAGCUUUGUAUUUGGAUGCAAACUAAAAGAUGUCCCGCUUAAGAAGAAAUCAGAUUACUUCUUGUUGAAGUGGAUGCUGAACGAGCCUGAGGAAGAAGAGAUGGGUCAAGACUACUCCAGGAUUGUAUGA